GCUUUGGUUGAGUAGUGGUGAGCAGCAGUGAGUGUGGGAUAGUUGGCGAGCGAGUACAAAAGGCAGGCUACCAAAGCACCCGGAUUCGGAUGAACUGGGAACUUCGGGUGUUAUCGUGGUGUUGGUGGCAGUAUCAGAGGGAGAGAGAGAGAUAGAAACCCAGUUGCUCCUUCCCAGAGCACUAGUUCCAACCCGAAGUUCGAGGCACUCAGUCAGUCAGUCCUCACUCCGAAAAAUUUAGUGGAUCGGAUUCCCCGGAGAAAGUGCACCACGAAAAAUCCUGGACCAGACCAAGGCAAUUAAACCGCAGCAUUAACCACGUUGGAACCAAACAAGUUUUUAAUUCCAGUUGAUUGAGAUAAGGUGUAUACAGUUUCCGUCGUCCAAUUCAGUUUGAAAAAAUUUGAACAAAUUACGAAAAUUAAAAAUAUGGUAAAUUUAAAAAAUGACAGCUAAAAACAGUGAACUAGUAACUAUUGUUGGAGUGGUGAAAUCUAUUUUAUUUUAUUGGGAGAGAGACGGUGCAGUGUCAAGUAAAUCUAGUAUAAGGAAGGAGCAGAGAACCCGGAUUUUGUGAAUAGAGACCGGAUUUUAAAAAUCGUGUGAGGAUAUUCAUUAAAUGAACUGGAAUCAAUUUAAUGGGCUGACUAUUAAGAUUGGCAAAGUGGAGCAGAGGUCGUAACGUUGCUCAUACUAUAUAAUUAUUCGUACCACUGCUAUAAUUGAUAAUGGAGACGAAGGGGAGUGACGAAAACCAAAGUCUCCAUCCUACCGGAGUAGACAUAUAAUAAUAAUUUUCUUGGUAUUUGUAUAAAAAAGCAGCUGAAUGAAGAACCCACGAUGAAAAUGGAGAAUGAAAAUGCAGCUGCACUCCUAUUACUAAUUAGAAGAUAAUAAUACUAACCAGCAAACUUUGUGAAUAGUUGAGCCACUACCAUGCAACUACACCAUCGACAACAGUAGUAAUAAAAUGGGAAGAAUAAGACAAUACAAAAGUGCAGCUAUUAUUCCUCGUACUAAUUAAAUGCAGCUUCACCUCAGCUCAGAAGAGACGAGUGGGAGUGGGAAAGACUAAUUACCACGAAGGGCGAAGGUGAACGAACGGUAUGCGAAGUGGAACAAGGGACGGGAGUGGAAUUUAAAGUGGUCGAAAUUGAGCUGGAGAACAAUACCCAAGUCACAACGAGGCCGAAAACGCUAUCGUUGAAGAUCAUCACCCCCCCUCCGCUCCUCCUACACCCACCUCCACCCCCUCCAAAGAACACCAAGCAGACCCUCUUGGAGGAGGAAGGCGACAUGUCCGAGAGUCAUGACGAUGGCCAGUCCUUGGUUCGCGUUCGCGCACAAGUGAUGACUCGUGAUGAUAGUUCAGGUGGCUGGGUUCCUCUUGGUGGCGGAGGGCUCAGCAACGUGUCCGUUUGCAAGAAAACCCCGGACAAAAACGAGUAUCUCAUCCACGGGAAAAGGAUUUCCGACCAGUCGCUUGUCCUGAGUUGUACGAUAAAGAAGGACUUUGAGUACAAUAAAGUAAUGCCAACGUUCCAUCAUUGGAAAACUGGAGAGAAGAAAUUCGGACUGACUUUCCAAACGGCGGCGGAUGCCAGAGCAUUUGACAAAGGCGUUUGCAUCGCAAUUGAAGACUUACUUGAUGGUCUUUCCCCUUCACUAAAACGGAAAAAAGAAGUAGGAGAAGAUGACGUUUUUAUGGCCCUGGAUCUUCCCGUGGAGCGAGAUUCGAUAUCUUCUGGCUCGGGGAGCGGAACGGGUUCCAACCACCAGUACCCACCUCACUCCCAUCUCCACCGGAUGUAUUUCUCCUCGAGGACAGGGAGCAGGGAGGGCAACAACGGGGGUGGUGGUGGAGUUUUGGUGAAGGAGAUGCACUCAGUCUCCUCGAAAGACAAAAUAUCCGAAAAGGACAUUUACUGUUGUGACAAAGACCUGAGGGACGACGAACCUUACUCGUCCUACGUCCAAUUUGCCCGUGAAUACACGCGUCCCCAUGAGUAUUCCUACCCCGUAGUUCAACCUGAUAAGAAGUACAGCCCCUCGUCUGACCUCUCCAACUCGUUGUCACUGGGAGGAAUGACGUUUUCACCAAAGAAGCCUCUGCAGCUGGACCCCCUGAGCCUCCAGCCACCACCCCUCCUCCCCACAAAGUCUACUGGGAGCACGAAAAAGAAAAGGACAUGUGGUAAGAAGACGCGAUGCAGAGACUGUCACGAAGUGUAUAGCGAAGACUGUAACCCACGAGGAUCGUGUUCAUCAGGACCUGAUGCCAUUCGUGAUGGGAUAGACGCAGUGUCGUGCAUGGGAUGUGCUCGAGGGAUGUUGUACCACUGCCUGUCGGGGGAAGAGGGGGAGGUGCCACCACACCCUUGUUCCAUUCGACACCAUCGCUGUGUCCGCCGCUGGAUUGCUCUGGGCCUCCUCUCAAUAUUCCUACCGUGCCUCUGUCUCUACAUCCCUUUCGCCUCCUGCCAUCGUGCAGCAAAAUCAUGUCAUAUAUGCGGAGCGCGGCAUCACCCUUCCUAGUCCACAUUUAUCCAGUAGACAUUAAGGUUCACUAUGGAUAAUAACCACGUAAUUGUAAUAGUUGUUCAAUACCAUCCACAGUAAGUGGUGGUCGCACUCCCACAAAAGAAAACUCACAAAAUGUCAUCACAACAAUAUCCCCUCUCUCAAACGCUCAAAUAGUUUCAUAAACUCUCCACAAAAAAAACAACAAAACAAAUAAGCGUCAGUCAAGUCUCGAAAUAUCACUGCACCGCAUGAUGAUGCGACCUAUUACUGUGGCUGUGAGAUAAUCCAUCGGCCAUCAUCAAACUAUUUAUUCCUUCAUUCGCUCUUCUUGGAUAAGAAUUCAUAAUAAUGAUAAAUUAAUAAGGCCAAGCUGCUGCGCACAAUUUCAUCUUCAUCUUCAACCCAAAAAUCAUCAUCAGCAGUCUGUUCGACAGCGAUGGCAAGACUACUCUGUAAUCUCAACUCAUCACCAUCAACCCACGCCUAUACUCCAUCAGAAGAUGAAGAAGAGGAGAACGAAAUUAAUAGUAGUGGUAAUAGCUCCGUUUUUUGUAAUUUUUCGGAAUUCAUGCAAGUUGUCAACUUAGUUCAGUAUUCGACGGUAUCUAAACUACCAAUAUUAUGCAAUUUAUUUACCGCAGAAAAGCAUUUAUUUACUUGAUUGAUAUUUAUGUCGUAAGGAUCCUGUUAAUUGAUAAGACUUAUAAGCACUGAAACCUACUGGCAGGUUAAUUAAUAAUCAAAAAUCAGGACGAUUUUUGAAACGAAAAAAGGUUUACACAAAUGUGAUACUUCGUUUCGUGUGUAAUCUCAUUCAUUAUUUUUAUGAAAAUUAUGUGUAAGAAAGUGCGAUACCUGUGUUAGUGGCAGCAGAUGCAUUGCAUACGAAUAAUAUUCAUUUACAAGUCAGGUUCAUAACGUCUUUUAUCUCACUAAAUAUUUACUGCUAGAAAUAUGUUAUUAUUAUCACUUUUCGUAUUCUAGUUCCCCUCCUACUCUAUAUUUUUUCAUUAUUUUGCAAUCUUCCUAGACAAAAUUUUCAGUUACUUACAUAACUGACAUAAUUACAACUAUCCUUUAAUUCGCUAGACUUUUCCCUGUUAUAUUGCUAAAUGUUAUAUUAUCAUAAUACUAUUGACUUUAUUAUAAUUAAAUAUUCCUCUGUCAAGAUGAUGCUUGAUCAUUACGUUCUUUCUCAAAGAUGCUUUCAAUUUCCUGAUUUCGGUUGGAUGCUGAGGGAGGGGAGGGGGGAUUUUUACGUCACAGCAGCAGAGAGAUACAUUUAUACAAUCAUAUUAUUAUUUAGUUUUAGUGAAAAUGAGUUAUAUUAUUGCGCCGUUUACAAUUUAAUCGAAAUAUACAAAAAUGGAUGUUAUUUAUUAAAUUUGCAAUUUCUUUUACAAUCAAAAACCUCAAAAAGUGAAAA